GAUCAACUGAGGAGCCAGCAAUGAAAAAAAUGAGAAGUGAGUGAAAGACGUUGAAGAAGAACAAAGUUUGCCCAACAGAAAGUGCCGUCUAGGUCGUUUCCGUGGGCUGACAUGGAUAUCUACCAAAAUUGAUCGUCGAUACUAGAUAAACAAAAAGAAUUGAAAACUCGCUGAGGAUCUUCGUAUGCGAUCGGUCUGCUUCAGAUAUAAUGAACCAAAAUCCAUUCUCCUUGUGGGUGUGGUAAAAACCGACCAUAAGCUACAGCAACAUGAGUCAUCUUCUUGUGAAUUCUAAUAUGGAAAAGACUGAUCAACCCGUCAAGGAAAAUAAUGGUCACUAGUUCGUGCGAGAGAAGAAGGAAACUAGACCCAAGCGCAUGCUAGCUCCGUGAGAAGCAAUCGAAUGAAAAUCUACUGAUAUGAAUUGUUCAAAAGAAAAGUUGUAACCCUAACGCGUGACAGCUACCACAAGACUUAUUCUGGUGACUACAAAGCAAAGGACGGGAAGCGAUCCGGGUAAGAGUUCUGUGAGAGUUGUGAAAGUUCCCAAUAGAGAUUUGUUGAUAAUUAUGACAGAAAACAAAAGAGCAAGGACUAGAAAAAUGUGGACUGGCUUUUAUUUUCUUCGGUCCAAUACCUAUCCAAGAAUUACACUCGAAAUCUGACUAUGACUUUAUUACAGGCGGCGUGCUACAGUGAUUUUUCAGAUGAGCGUCAGAUAAUAAGUGCUUGAACCUGUGUUACUUGAGUUUCUGGCGGCGAUCACCUCUCCAAAUGAUGUGGCGCUUUUUGAAGACACCCUUCUAGGCAGCACUAUGAAUCCCUCUAUUAAAUAUCAUUUUCGAACGAAAACUUCUGCCUUUGUUAUUUUGUAACUGAAUACUUGAAUCUAAUACCUUCGCGAAUAAACGCUUACCGCUCGUCGUCCUCUUCUCUGUCACCCUCUCUCCAUAUUAUCGAUCUUCCUACUAAAUCAGAAGACAAAAGAAAAUGUCGGAUAAGUAUAGGGCCGUUUUCCUGUUCUGUCCAGAAUGCAACAACCUCCUGCAGCCAAACGAGGAUAAGCACUUGCGGAAGCUUGUGUACUACUCAUCAACAAGUUCGUUAAAUCAUUGCCUUCCACUCUUUCUUUGGAUUUAAAGUUAUUUUUCGAUUUUUCAUGGGUUGCUUCCCCUUAUUUGUUUUUUAGAACAUUUUUUACCAGAUAAACGUACGAAAGACAGAUUGGAUCCAGCAAUUCAUCCACGAAAUUUGGAUUCAUUCUCUUUCUCAACAAGACUCUGCCUCCACCCCUCUCCCGUACAGGUAUAGGUGUAGGAAUUGUACGUAUUCGAGGCCAGCGCGAGAAGGAGUCGUCGAGGAACAAUGCGUCCACAGAAGAGAUAUAACUUUCAUAGCGAAAGAGGAUAUCGUCGUGCCAGAAGGAGUCAUUUACGACCCAUCACUUGCGAGAAAGUACUUCCUCCAGCAUGAACUUGAUGUAGCUUCUUAUGCUUCGUCUCAUCCUCGUGGACAUGAUUUCAUAUCUGUCUUGGUAGUUACUUACAAAGUUCAACAGCAUUCCUUUUCCUAACUCGUCAACCUCCAAAACUCGUGAAUCACAUCUCAUCAUCAUGUUACUAAACACCACAGUUAUAAUUACUCGUGCGAUCAUUGCGAUGGGACAGAAGCAGUCUUCUACCGAUUAGCGGAGUCGAUUGUGAGCGACGCGAUGGCUCUCAUCUUCGUGUGUUGUAAGUGUGGUCAUUGGAGGCGCGAAGGAAAAGAAGAGCUACCACUCAACCGGGCGGAAGAUUAGCUCCGCGGGGAGAUUACUUUUUUGAAUUUGAUCUACUCCACGUGUUUCGUUUGUAGACAAAGAGUAGUGAAGAAGACCACAUACUGAUACUUCGCGCGCACAAAAGCUUUCUGAUGAAUACUUCUGGUACGCACUGUGGAAUUAUGCGAAUUAGACGUAGUGAUUGUCCAUAUCAACGCAAUAAAUCCGAGGGCCACAAGUGCCUCCCCGCACAACUCUCGAC